GCGCGUCUCGCUCCUUCCGCCUCGUGUGCAGUGGACUUACCUCACACUGGCCAGCGUAACGGGGGCAGAAUCCCUCCCUCUCUGCGACACCCAUGGCGCCCCCUCCCCCGCCGCCUCCUCCGCCGCCGCCGCUAUGCUUCCCUUUCACCCGGAACAAGAAGAACAACCGCCGCCUGACGUUCUCUGAGCAGUCCGCGCGCGAGUCAUUCGAUUCACAGCGAUCGAGCAUCAACCGACUCAACCGGGCCGAAUCCUACUCCCCCACUGCAACACUUACAUCGCACGCGGAGAAGCUCACGUUCUCGUCCGAGACGGAGUCGUACGAGUCGGCGCGCAACAAGCGGAAUGAGGCGAUCGAGGUCCGCGCUGGCGUCUUGCGCCGGAACACGACCAAGGGUAGGAUUGAGGCCCCGCCGCCCCUGGCUGCGGAUCCUCCGCAGAGGAAGAAGACCUUGCUUGGAUAUGGAUGGGGCAUCGGGAAGAGGGAGAAGGAGAGGCAGAGGUUGCAGGAGAUGAUGGAGGAGAAGGGAGAGUCGAUACGGGAGGACUCGCUCGACCUCACGCGUAACGCGUCGCACGACAGCCGUCCACCCCUCUACCAGUCCCCGAGGCCGUCCAACGGCUCUGGCCGCGAGUCUGUCACGAGCUACAUGAACCCUCUCCCCCCGCAAACGCCUCCCACCAACACGCGGUCGAACACCUACAAAUCCAAUAUGACUCGCACGACCGCGCGUUCGGGAGGUUCUGGUGGUGCACGGAGUGGCGGAAGUGGAGGUGGAAGUGGAAGCGGGGGUGGAAGUCAGAGGAGACCGCGCUUUGCAGCUUCGGAUUCCGUGGACACCCUGGUUGGCUCUGCGUACGAGCGCAAAGUCAACGAUCUCGACACAAUACCGGAACGAAUCGACACGAAGGAUCGUCUUGAUGCAUUGAGGACGUAUAUGGCUAAGGAGAAUCUUGAUUACUAUGUCAUUCCAUCCGAGGAUGCCCACGGAUCAGAGUACGUUGCGAUUAACGACAAGAGGAGGGAAUGGAUCUCUGGAUUUACUGGGUCGUCCGGACAAGCUAUCAUUUCGAGGACUAACGCAUACAUGCUAACCGACUCACGUUACUGGGGACAAGCCCAGCAACAACUUGACCAUAACUGGAUCCUCAUCAAGGCGGGCUCUCCAGACGGACCCAAGGACUGGGCAGAGUGGCUAGUUGAUCGCUCGCGGGACACGCGCAUCGGUAUCGAUGCGCGUAUGAUCUCGCACGGGAAAGCGAGCACGCUCAACCCGCUCUUGCACACGCGUAAUUCGAAGCUGGUCUACCCGCCGCAGAACCUGGUGGAUCUCAUCUGGGCAGAGAAGCCGUCGCGGUCGAAGGAGCCCGUCUAUGUGCAGUCGUACGAACGCACAGGCCAGCAUGCCAGUGCCAAGCUGGCAGAAUUGAGAGAAUGGAUCCGUCAGCAGCCUCCGACGAUACCUACGUUCUCCAAAAUGGAGCCAAAGCCGUCGCAGAUGCAGGUCGCAACUCUCCUUUCUUCGUUGCCGAAUAUCGCUUGGCUGCUCAACCUGCGCGGAGAUGAUAUUCCGUUCAACCCGGUCUUCCACUCGUACCUAUUCGUCAGCUUGUCACAAGCUGUACUCUUCAUCGAGCCCUCGAAGGUUUCCCCUGCCGUAGACGAAUAUCUGGAGUCCAUCGGCGUCGAGAGGCAAGAAUACAACGAGGUCUGGAGUUUCCUCCGCCUCAAGCCGUGGGGCGAAGGGAAGGUUAUCAUUACCCCUCAGACCUCGUACGCGAUCUCGCUCAUUUUGACGAGCAUGCGCUACACCGUGCUCCCAUCCUGGGUGGAACAAGCCAAAGCGGUGAAGAACAACGUCGAGAUCCAGGGAUUGCGCAACGCCUACUUGCGCGAUGGCAUCGCGUUCGUACGGUUCAUCGCCUGGCUGGAGCAGAAGAUCCAAGAAGGCUACGAAAUCACUGAGUAUGAAGCUGCGUGGCGAUUGACCGAGUACAGGCGCAUGUUGGAGAGAUACCAGGGUUUGGCAUAUGAGAACAUCUCAGCGAGCGGACCCAAUGCCGCUCUCCCGCACUACUCGCCUCGCAAGGCGACUGCGCGGUUCAUCGACCGCGAGACUCCCUACCUGAAUGACUCAGGUGGACAGUACCUGGAUGGUACAUGUGAUACGACUAGGACUGUGCACUUCGGUCGUCCCUCGGAUGCGCAGUGCGAGGCAUAUACUCGCGUCCUCCAGGGCCAUGUACGUAGCGUUUGUAGUGUCGACCUUUUUGCACAACUGAACUAUGCUCUGCGCCAGAUUGCUAUUGACAGUGCCAUCUUCCCCGAGGGCACGAGCGGCCUGCAGCUUGACGUCCUUGCUCGGAAAGCGCUCUGGAAGGACGGUCUGAACUAUCUGCACGGGACCGGCCAUGGCGUAGGCUCGUUCCUGACGGUCCACGAAGGUCCGCAGGGUUUCUCAUCGUCCGUCCCGCUCGUUCCGGGCCAUGUCGUGACGAACGAGCCUGGCUUCUACAAAGAAGGCCACUUUGGUAUUAGACUCGAGUCAUGUCUGGUUGUGCACCGCGUGAAGACCAAGCACCAGUACAACGGCAAUGUUUGGCUCGGUUUCGAGCGUCUGACUUGCGUGCCCAUCCAGACCAAGAUGGUGAAGGUCUCGGUGCUCACGAAGGAAGAGAAGGAAUGGCUCAGGGCGCACAACAGACGCUGCCUUGAGAGAUUGGCGCCCUACCUGGAGAACGACCAACGCGCGCUGAAGUGGCUACGUCGGGAAGCCAACAAGGACAUCGGCCUGGCGAACACUGGACCAGGCGGUAUCAGCAUAGACUGGGAUUGAUUCCCGCACCACAGUGGUUUGCUCCUAUUCUCUCGAUCUCUGACCGUGUUUGUGAACUAUUUGUGUGUACUUCUACCUCGACCAUUAUACCUUAUCAUCAGCACAUGGGCUGUCGUAGGGCAUUACCGCUGAUCUCCCUAUAUACUGACUGUACCUCCCUGACCCUCC